AUGAAUCGAUGCGAUUGUUUAACCGCAUUAUGUGGUUCUAUACUUGGUAUAUUAGCUUUCAGUUUUGCUUGCACAGCUUUAUCGUCACGUAAUUGGGAAAUCGAAACUCAUGUCGAUUAUUUUCGAUCAUCAUCUAAAUACAAUCAACUUCAUUUAUCACGCAUUAUGAGUAUUUUUAGUCUUAUUUUUACAUUUAUCGGUAUACUUGCAUCAUCAUAUAUGAUUAUAAAACAUUUUUCGAAAUACUGGAAUUUAGUAGCGCCCGGAGCUUAUCUUCUUGCAUCUUUUACUCUUCUGUUAGCUAUGUGUGAAGCUUCUCGAUUGAUACAUCAUAACGGUUGGCCAUCGCAUAUCUAUGGAACAGCAUUUUGUUUACUUCUACUAGCGACACAAGUUAUGGUUGCACUUUCAGGGAAACUUAUUUUUUCCUAUAAAUAA